CGCCCGGGACACGUUCUUCAGCCAGAGGCGCCGCAGCUCCUCGUCCUUGGGGAAGGUGUAGAAGUGCAGCGCCUUGUCGCGGUGCGAGUUGUUGUAGCAGCCAGGCACGCAGCAGGGCGGGCUCGGCCCCGGGAAGGGCGACGCCGCCGCCAGGAGGGCCCCGCCGAAGCAGCGGCCAGCCGCCUUCCCCGAGCUGGACAACGCCACGCCGCGGGGCCUGCUGCGGAGGGUCAUCCAGAACCAACCACAAGUCUCACCUCUAGCACCUCAGGUAGCUGAACACAAAGAAACAGAAGAUGCUCAAUCAGAGCCCCCAUCCCGGAGGACUUCCAGCAUGGUGGAACUGCAACUGCCAGACCUUGUUCCUGAGGAUACAUCUAUCGCUACAUUCCGUAUGACUAGGAAGAGAAAGAAACUCAGCAUUUCUGAAUUUGAGAGAGCAGCAGACAAGCGACUUCCUCAGAACCAAGCCCAUUCAGCGCUGGACAGCACUUUGGCUCGAUCUCUUCACAUGUCGCUUGGUUCCGUGCUUGCACCAGACAGUGUUGAAAAGAAAGGCUUACUCCGGAGGCCAAAGAAUCGCAAACCUAUUGACAUUGCAGCUUUUGAAGGUGGAGUGGAACAGAACUUGCUGCAGAGAAAAGCACAGAACUAUCUUGUGGACUUGCAAACGGCAUCCACCAUUGAAGCAGCCACACUGACAAGCGAUGCAGAAAUCAUGCUGAAUAACACAGAGCUCUUUGUUCAACCUCAGCCUGGUGAACAGAACCAAAAGAAACCUCCUGCUCUUGAACCACAGCUGUCAGAAUCAAAAACCCCAGCGCAGAGAAGCAAGAUUUCUAAUGCGACUCAGGAGGAAGGAAAGCUUGUGGGCCGGGUAUCCAGUGUGGGCACAGAUGAGGGAAGGACCCAAAGAUACUCCGAGGAAGAGUUAAUAAAUGGUUAUGAUCACGUGGACAGCGUGACUCACGUAUCUCAGAAAACAUCUGCGAACCAGGGAGAAGAUGAGCAAGGUCAUUCCCGGCAGAGUGAGCCAAUGGAACAGCUUUCUGAUUCAGAAGAGGUGUCUGGCACUACGGAACAUCAUACAGAUGCUGGAUAUUCUGAACAUUUAGAGAAGAAACUGACAAAAAAAUCGGAAUCACAGAUAACUGUGACCCCAGAAGAAGGGGGAGUAGCAGAAGGCAGUGUUAAACACCAGGGGUCUCCCGAAGCUGAACAAGAGAUGGCCAGAAGCGCUAGAGCCAGCAGCUUGAGCAGGCAUUCUCGUGCUUUUUCCUCCUUUGAAAAAUCUGGGACAAAGCCAUUAAAAGAAGCUGUUGAGCAAGCAGAUGAACCAGAAGACAGAGCUGUCAUGGGAGAACUGGAUGGUCCCGAAGAAGAAUCUACUGAGGAUGAAGCUGAAACAGAAGGCCAGGAGAGUAAAGAGGGUUCCAUGAAGACACCCAUGUUUGUUCGUGCUGCAGCCUACAGUCCACUUCCCUUGCUGUCAACUCCACGUCCUGCAAAACCUGCUGCUCCUGAUUUCCAUCAAAGGUCUCCCCUGCAGCCACGGCGGGCUAAGCCUGUUCCAAAGAGCUCAGGAACGUCACAAGAGAAAAAGCGUGAGCCUGCACUAGCAAGCAGUUACAUAAAGCAGAUAUUUAGGCAUUAUGCAAAAAUGCCAGUGGCCAGAGAUGCCUACAAAAUUGUUGAAAAAUGUUGUGAGAAAUACUUCAAGCAUCUAAGCAAUGAUCUGGAAGCUUACGCCCACCACGCAGGGAGGAAGACAGUGGAGAUGGCUGACCUGGAACUCCUUAUGAGAAGACAAGGGCUGGUGACAGACAAGAUGCCGUUGCAUGUGCUGAUAGAGCGCUACCUCCCUCUGGAGUACAGGAAGCUGCUGAUUCCGGUUGCUGUGAGUGGAAAUAAAGUGAUCCCCAGCAAAUCAACGUGCCUCUCUGGCAGGUGGUGAGCCCUGUGGGUGGGAACACGACCUACUGGAAGAACAUAGCUUUAGGUUGUUCCAUGUAACUGCUCCAUGGGAUGGUUUUCCACAAGGAACUACUGGGGCAAUAAACAGCUGACGUUGUCUUGAACUUACUGACAUCGUGCUGUGGCUAUCAUGCCAGCCACUGGAUGUCACCAAUUACUAUUACAAGUAAUUUGACUAUCCUUUAGUUUUAUAUCUUAUGUUUGAGUAGUAAAUAAAUAAAAUGUGGUAUGUAUUCUGCGUGA